AUGGAGGCUCGAGUCCGGGAGGCGGCACAGCGACGGAAAGAGCCAUGCGUCCUCGACCUGACGCCUUCCAACGUCCGAGACUACGAGCAAGGCCGGCUGUCCCUCCUGCACAGAGAUGUAGAAGGGAUCCUCGAGAGACAUCAAGCGGAGUACUUCGUGUCGAGGCUGGAAUGUGCCAGGAUUCGCUCGGGGUUCGAGAUGAGGGAGGAGCUGAUCAACUACAAGAAGGCGCUCUACCUCCUCUACCAGGUCUCAAGGCUGCCGGGCUGGUGCUCGGGGCGUUGGGCUCACUCCGGUGAAGGAGGGAAUGCGAGUUGAGAAGGACCUCCGGCAGCUGACCGCUCUGUGCCACUGCCCCAUCGUUGCGAGUGAGUCGCGGCAACAGAAAGUAGACAAGGGCGCGUGACUGCCGUCAGGAGCAGCUGAUCGCGAUCGGCCGGACGGCGGCCCGGAGCCCCGGCAGCAGCAGGGGUGAGACGGGGCGGAGCCAGAGGAGCUCAGGUCCUGAGUCGGUUCCCCAGCUAUGAGAGGCUAUCAGAAGCACUGAUGCAAUGCAAGGGUCUAGUCCUGGCCAUGCAGGAUGCCCGGACCUUCACCAAGUCGAUAUGCAGCGUCCCCCGUCAUCCCGACGAAGAGCGCUUCCCUCAGCUCAAGUUCGCCUCCUCCCCGCACCAGCGUCCGGCCUGACCAUGGCGGCAGAUACCUUCCUGAUUCCCUAAUGGUCCUGAAGAGGAUCCGGCAGUGUGAGAAGUUCCUUACCAAGACCGGGGGGUGCAGGGC